AUGACCCGAACACCGAAUCAAGAUCGAAUGGGUGUUCGGCCCGUGUUCGAUGCAAUCGGGAAAAAUGAAGGAUAUUGCCCCAAACCAUCCAUAACGAAAUUGUACAUAUGCGAUGAUAAAUUUAUAUUUUAUUACAUUUACCGUGUUCUAGAUGAAAACAAACUCGCCCAGUCGGAGGAUCUUUACAAGGACUUUGAGACUCCAGAAGCCGCCAGUAGAUUACUUAAGUUAACGUACUUUCACAAGUUUGAGGACACCACCGAAGCAUUAUGCGCCGCUACGGCGCUUGUAAACAGCAAGUUAUCCAAAUCUUUGAAGAAAACGCUCAGGAACUGCUGCAUCGAGGCUCAUGAACAGCUGGCGGUUGCAGAUGCCAAACUGGGCUGUGCCAUCAAGGAUAAGCUGCAGUUAUCCUGUGUAAGCAACACGGCAGUGCAGGAGUUGAUGCGAUGCAUCAGAAGUCAAUUGGAUGGUUUGAUAAGUGGGGUGACCGAGAAAGACAGGACAGCCAUGACACUGGGCCUGGCGCACAAUCUUUCCAGAUACAAGCUGAAGUUCUCACCCGACAAAGUCGAUACCAUGGUAAUACAGGCAGUAUGCUUGCUGGAUGAUCUGGAUAAGGAGCUCAAUAAUUACAUAAUGCGAGCGCGCGAAUGGUACGGCUGGCACUUUCCUGAGCUAGGCAAAAUCGUGACUGACAAUCUUCAGUAUAUAAAGACGAUGCAUAUACUUGGCCAACGAGAGAACGCUAUCAAAUGUGAUCUGUCAGAUAUUCUGACAGAGGAAGUCGAGGGGAGAGUGAAGGAGGCGGCGGAAACCUCGAUGGGCUCAGAGAUCUCGGAAUACGACGCUGAACACAUGCAAUGCUUAUGUGUUGAGAUACUUAAGCUUCAUCAAUACCGAUCCCAGCUGUGCGAUUAUCUGAAGACUAGGAUGAUGGUAUUAGCACCAAACCUGACAGUUCUCGUCGGCGAUCUGAUCGGUGCGCGUCUGAUAUCUAAGGCCGGUUCUCUAACAAAUCUUGCUAAACAUCCAGCAUCUACUUUACAAAUUCUCGGUGCAGAGAAGGCACUGUUCCGUGCUCUUAAAUCGAAGAAGAACACACCCAAGUAUGGCUUGAUAUAUCAUUCACUACUUGUUGGACAAGCCUCCAACAAAAACAAGGGUAAAAUAUCCAGAAUGUUGGCAGCAAAAGCCUCUUUAGCAACAAGAGUUGAUGCAUUGGGAGAUACUACAAGCUUCGAACUUGGCGCGGAGCACAAAGUGAAAUUGGAGGCACGAUUAAGAGUGCUUGAAGAAGGUAAUAUCCGUCGGAUAAGUGGCACUGCCAAAGCAAAGGCCAAAUUCGAAAAAUAUCAAGUCAAAAACGAAUACAUGCAGUAUUCAACAUCUGUAGACUCAACACUGACAACUAAGAAGAGGCCAUUAAUUGAAGAGAUCGAAACAAAGGAGAGCGAGGAAGUGCCUAAAAAGAAGAAGAAGAAAUAUAGCAUGAGUUCUGAACGGAUCAAGGAAGAAAUGAAGGAGGAAGAACCGCAAACGGAAAUAGAGUCGGUUACUACACCGAAGAAAAAGAAAAAACAUAGUCUAAAACUCAAAACUGAAGACAUAGCAGGAGCUUCUAAUGUUAAAGAAGAGGAACAAGUAAAGACGGAGCCAACUACUGUGUCUAAGAAAAAGAAGAAAAAAUAUAGUAACAUUGGCGAAAAAAAAUGAAGCGUUUAUG